CUCUGGUUGGACCAUGCUAGUUUACAACCUCAUGUGUUGUGGAACUUUUGUAACAUAUUAUGGUUGAUAACUUUAACAUUAUACCUCAUAGCACAUAUCGGCUCUAGUGUGAGUUCUCAUGAGGUGAUGCUGCAUGUGUUGCGCUCUCCUCUGCAGAGGACUCUCAUCCCUCUACAAUGGAGAUGUCAACGCUGCCUCUUCUCCUUCAAGCCUCAUUCUCUUCAGGGCGAGGAGUCCACGGAGAACCGCAUGAACCCCCUGAACAUUCAGAUGCUGUCAAAGAACCUCCAUGACCAGAUCUUCCGAGGGCAGGAACCAGAGUACAGAGAGGAGGAAGUGGAGCGCAGCAUCAGGCACCUGCAGAAACAUCAGCUGUGGGGGAAGGAAACUUCACUGCUGCCUGAAGUGGAGCUGAAGCUUCCCCAAAUGUAUGGCAACAAUAUUGACGAGCACUUUCGAAUCUUGGCCCAGAAGCAAAGUCUACCCUACCUUGAGGCGGCCACCGAGCUGCAGCUGGCGGAGAUCCCUGCCAUGCCUCAGGAGUGGAGCUGGGAGGUCGGCUGGACACGCUAUGGGCCAGAUGGGGAGAGUCAGAAGGUUGAUUUCCCAGAGGAGACUGCACUGGUGUUUGAUGUGGAGGUGUGCAUGGCGGAGGGAAGGUGUCCCACAAUGGCUGUUGCUAUGUCUCCCACUAACUGGUACUCCUGGUGUAGUAAGCGUCUGAUUGAAGAGCGGUACUCGUGGUCAAACCAGUUGACGCUAGCUGACCUCAUCCCCUUGGAGACAUCGAUCAACUCUGCCCGCCCACCAGGGGGUCAGUGGAAGGAGAGGCUCAUAGUAGGCCAUAAUGUCAGUUUUGACAGAACAUUCAUUAAGGAGCAAUACUUACUAAAGGGUUCUAAGGUGCGCUUCAUGGAUACCAUGAGCCUUCACAUGGCCAUCUCUGGGCUGACAGGGUUUCAGCGCACACUGUGGAUGGCCAAUAAGAUGGGUAAAAGGAGGGGUCUUCAGGAGGUCAAGGAACACUUUAAAAAAGCUGGACAGAAACGGGAAGGUCCAGCGAUCGGCUCCUGGGACUGGGUUAAUAUUAGCAGCAUUAACAACCUGGCUGAUGUCCAUGCUCUGUAUGUGGGAGGACCACCACUGAAGAAAGAGGCCAGAGAGAUAUUUGUGAAGGGAAGCAUGGCGGAUGUCAGGAACAACUUCCAGGAGUUAAUGCAGUACUGUGCCAUGGACGUCGACGCCACACAUCAUGUCUUCACAGAACAGCUUCCCCUCUUUAUGGAGAGGUGCCCUCAUCCAGUGACGUUCGCAGGGAUGCUGGAGAUGGGUGUGAGCUACCUCCCUGUCAAUCAAAACUGGGGGCGUUACCUGGAAGAUUCUCAGGACAUUUACGAAGAGCUACAGAGAGAGAUGAAGAAAUCUCUGAUGACUUUAGCGGAUGAUGCCUGCCAGCUGCUGCAGGAUGACAGAUAUAAAGAAGACCCCUGGCUCUGGGAUCUUGAGUGGGAUGUACAGGAGUUCAAGGUGAAGAAAGUACCAGUCAGCAAAAAUAAAAAGUCCAAAAAGGAAGCAGAAACAAAAGUUGGUACUCCACUUCCAGACUCGGAAGAAGACCCAGGCCCACCCUCUGAAGAGGAGACGGAAGGCCCUUGCCCCAGCAGGCUGGCUGUGGAGAAGCUGAAAGACACAUUGAGUCGACUUCCUAAGAGAAGACAGCAUCUGCCUGGACAUCCAGGCUGGUACCGUAAGCUGUGUGAGAAGAUGUCUGCGGAGGACAGCUGGUCCCCGGGAGCCAACCUCAUCAGUCUACAGAUGAGAGUCACUCCUAAGCUGAUGGGUCUGACCUGGGAUGGCUUCCCCCUGCACUACACAGACAAACAUGGCUGGGGCUACCUGGUGCCUGGACGCAGGGAUAACCUGGUGUCAGAGGAGGAGGAGGAGGAGGAGGAGGAGGAGGAGGAGGAGGAGGAGGAGGAGGAGGAAGAGGAGGAGGGGGAGGGGGAAGGGCCUGUGUGCCCUCACAGAGCUAUUGAGAGUGUUUACAGAGAGUAUUGUGAGCAGAUCAGCAAAGCACGGCCUGAGUAUCAGGACUGCCACCCUUCAGAGGACCUCGUGUGGACGGACAGCACCAUGUGGGCCAAGGUGGAGGAGUUUGGCUCCUUGGAGAGUCUGACAGAAAAAAAUGGAGUCAGAAUGAUGAAAAAUGGGGAGAAGAAGACAAACAAGUUUCAAGAUCCACAUAACGUCCCAGAGGAGAGCCACUGCCAUUAUCACCAUGGAAACGGUCCCUACAGCGAUGUUGAUAUUCCAGGGUGCUGGUUUUUCAAAUUACCUCAUAAGGAUGGAAAUCACAACAAUGUUGGCAGUCCCUUUUCAAAAGACUUCCUGUCCAAGAUGGAGGAUGGGACCCUCAGGGCCGGACAUGGUGGAACCAACGCUACACGAGCUCUGGAGAUUAACAAAAUGAUGUCCUUCUGGAGGAAUGCCCAUAAACGCAUUAGUUCUCAGAUGGUGCUGUGGCUGCGAAAGGGGGAGCUCCCUCGUACUGUCAGCAGACACAAAGAGUUUGAUGAAGAGGGCCAGUAUGGGGCCAUAUUACCUCAGGUCGUCACCGCUGGAACCGUCACACGCAGAGCCGUGGAGCCAACAUGGCUGACAGCCAGUAACGCACGGCGGGACCGGGUGGGCAGUGAGCUGAAGGCCAUGGUGCAGGUGCCCCCUGGAUAUCACCUGGUGGGAGCAGAUGUAGAUUCUCAAGAGUUGUGGAUCGCUGCUGUGCUCGGAGAGGCUCACUUUGCUGGCAUGCACGGCUGCACAGCGUUCGGCUGGAUGACCCUGCAGGGGAAGAAGAGUCAGGGCACCGACCUGCACAGCCGCACUGCAGACACUGUGGGCAUCAGCCGAGAGCACGCCAAGGUGUUCAACUACGGACGCAUUUACGGAGCGGGACAACCCUUUGCUGAGAGGCUGCUGAUGCAGUUCAAUCACCGGCUCGAUCAGACAGAAGCUGCCAGUAAGGCCAUGCAGAUGUACGCCUUGACAAAGGGCAUACGCAGGUACCAAUUGUCCGAGGAGGGUGAGUGGCUGGUCAAUGAACUGGAUAUAGAGGUGGAGAGGGAGGAAGAUGACAGUGUCACCCUGCAGGAGUUAAGAAGGAUCACUAGACUGGCCUCACAGUCCUCUCGGCGGAAGAGCUGGAAUAUGGUGGAGAAACGCCUGUGGGCGGGAGGUACGGAGUCGAGUAUGUUCAACGAGCUGGAGAGGAUCGCUCAUUCAGCCCAGCCAGCCACUCCGGUUCUAGGCUGCAGGAUCAGCAGAGCCCUGGAGCCCGAGGCAGUGAAGAAUGAGUUCAUCACCAGCAGAGUGAACUGGGUGGUGCAGAGCUCAGCGGUGGACUACCUCCACCUGAUGCUGGUGGCCAUGAAGUGGCUCCUGGAGGAGCACGACAUCGAUGGACGUUUCUGCAUAAGCAUCCACGACGAGGUGCGGUACCUGGUCUGCAGCGAAGACCGCCACCGAGCAGCGCUGGCUCUACAGAUCACAAACCUGCUCACAAGGAGCGUGUUCGCCCAUGCGUUAGACAUGAAGGACCUUCCCCAGUCAGUAGCUUUCUUCAGUGCCGUCGACAUUGACCAGUGUCUGAGGAAGGAGGUCAACAUGGACUGUGUGACCCCCUCCAACCCCACAGGUGUUGAGAGAAGAUACGGCCUAGCGCCUGGUGAGGCCUUGGACAUCUACCAAAUACUGGACAUCACUAGAGGCUCUCUGGACAGAGGGAGAUAGCACUGUGUGGGAGAAGCCUGUUAGUCAGAACAGCUCAAACACACGACUUAAAGCCAUUCAGCAGCUGCGCAAGUUCCACAUCAGUGAGGCUGAUUCUUAGCUCACUGUUUCCUCUUCUUCUUUUUGGGCUCCUCCUUGUCCUCUGCUUCCUGUGACUCGUUGGCCUACAAGAGAUGGAUGAAGAGUGAAACCAUUAGUGUGAAUGUGUAAGGAUGACAGACCCUGUUGUAGCUGCAGAGUGCACUGACCUCCUGACUGCCGUCCUGCUCCUGCAGAGCUGCGUCCAGAGAAGCAGCGUUGAUGCGGAAAUCUCUCGAGGUGCUCAACUUCAUGUACUGCAUCAGAUUGACCUGAACAGAGAAAUACACAGCUGCUGAUGAAACACUGUACAUGAGUGGCCUAACCUGUAGCAACACACUAACAGUGUUCAAGGAGCCAUUGAUCUGUUUUACAGGGAGCUGCAUAUUUCAGCUCACAUACCUUUGAUUUUUUUGAAAGUGUGAUGAGGAAUUUCUCGUACUGUUCAAUACUGAAGAUUACGUUAGGAAUGGCUUUUGUUUCACGCAGAAGUUUUGCCUGCCGAGGGAGAAAAAAAGGAAUUGAAGUUUGUUUUAAGUUGUUCAUUGUAUCUAUAUAUUGUUUUUGAUACAAUAAAGAAACUGUUAGAUUGUGAA